CUGAGGAAAAACAAAUCCUCGUCCGUCACCCGGCCUGCUGUCACAUCUGUAACCAUGGGGAGAGAACAGGAUCUGCUGGUGGCAGUGAAGAAUGGAGAUCUUCUAUUGGCUCACAAGCUUCUUUCCAAAGUCAAGUGCAACAAAACAAAGUUGCUGGGCUCCAACAAGAGACUCAACAUCAAUUACCAGGACUCAGACGGCCUCUCGCCGCUGCACCAUGCUGCUCUGACCGGCACCACAGAGCUGCUGUCCCUGCUGCUGGAGGCCCAGGCCACGGUGGACAUAAAGGACAUCAAUGGCAUGCGGCCGCUCCACUAUGCAGCUUGGCAGGGCAAAGCCGACUCCGUUUUGCUGCUGCUGAGAGCCGCCGCGUCCGUCAACUCCACGUCCUACGACGGACAGAUACCCUUACACCUCUCCGCACAGUAUGGCCACUACGAGGUGUCGGAGAUGUUGCUGCAGCAUCAGUCUAAUCCUUGCCUCAAGAACAAGGCUAAGAAGACUCCACUGGAUUUGGCCUGUGAGUUUGGAAGACUAAAGGUGGCUCAGCUUCUGCUGAGCAGUAACAUGGUGACAGCGUUGUUGGAGGGAGAAGUGGAGAACGCCAGCCAGAGCUCCUCCUCUACCACCCCGCUCCACCUGGCAGCCAGAAAUGGACACAAAGACGUCAUCAAGCUGCUGCUUAAGGCGGGCAUCGACAUCAACAGGGCCACCAAGGCGGGGACUUCUCUGCACGAGGCUGCCCUCUAUGGGAAGACAGAAGUAGUGCGGCUGCUGCUAGACGAGGGUAUCAAUGUGAACAUGCGCAACACGUACAAUCAGACAGCUUUGGAUAUUGUCAACCAGUUCACCACCUCCACAGCCAGCAGGGAAAUAAAACAGCUUUUAAGAGAAGCAUCAAGUUCUCUCCAAGUCAGAGCAGUGAAGGACUACUGGAAUCUCCACGACCCGACUGCUCUUAACCUGCGGGCUGGAGAUCUUAUUAUGGUCCUGGAGCAGCACUCAGAUGGCAGGUGGAAAGGCCAUGUCCAUGACUCCCAGCGAGGGACAGACAGGGUGGGAUUCUUCCCCCCUUCAGUGGUGGAGGUCCUCAGCAGAAGAGCAGGGGGUACUCUCUCCCGCCAAGCCUCAAUGCCAUCCCAGCGACAUUUUUCAUCCAGAGCUCCUCCCCCAGGCCCUCUCCCUCAGACCGAUGACUCUUACAUCCUUGGCUAUGACCCUGCAGGUGCUCCACUGGGCAGUCAGGUCUCAGCCCCCGCUAGCCCUGCUAGCCCCCCUCAGGAUAUUUGGGUCCUCAGGAGCUCCCCCACUGGUGACAGGAAUAGUGUCGGCAGCGCUGGCAGCGUGGGAAGCAGUCGCAGCGCCGGCAGCGGCCAGAGUUCAGAAAGCAGCCACAAACAGAACGGAACUCACAAUUACCACAAUGCAGACAAGCUGGCUCCCGCUGCCGGUGAACCAGGGGACAACCUUAAAGUUACAGCGGCAGACCAAAGCAAGCACGCUGACGGAUCCACAGGUGGGUCCCGUCGGCAGGUCAAUAGCACUCAUCAAAAAGGCUUUGUAAGACCAGAACAGCUUCUGGACGGCAAGGACUCUGAGGCCAUCUACCAGUGGUUGUGUGACUUCCAGCUCGAGCAGUACACUUCGAAUUUUAUCAGAGCAGGAUAUGACGUACCCACGAUCAGCAGGAUGACCCCUGAGGAUCUCACAGCCAUUGGAGUAACAAAACCAGGCCACAGAAAGAAGAUCUCAAUGGAGAUUGGCAAACUGAGUAUCCCAGAGUGGCUACCGGAUUACAUUCCUUCUAACCUGGGGGAGUGGCUCAGUGUGAUUGGAUUGCCUCAGUACCAGAAAAGAUUGUGCGACAAUGGCUACGACUCCAUAGCCAUCAUUAAGGACAUCACCUGGGAGGACUUGCAGGAGAUAGGCAUCACCAAACUGGGCCAUCAGAAGAAGCUAAUGCUAGCGGUGAAGCGACUGUGUGACCUGCAGCGCUCUCGUGGUCACGCAGACCGAGGCCCAGGGGGGACUCUCAGGCGAAAGCCUCCUGCUGCAUUGGAGCUGGUGGCCAUCGAACACGCGCCGGCGCACAACGCUCACGCUCACACACACUCCAAUGCUCCGCCAAACAACUGCUGCCCUUCGCCUCACACCCCGAGGACCCUCUUAUCUUUCCAAGACAGUGAGCUGAGCGCCGAGCUGCAGAGUGCCAUGACUGGCAAAAUGGGAGGGGGGGCAACAGAGGCUUUUGUCAUUAGGGGCAUGUCUGCCGCUGCAGUUAUAGACGCCAUGUCAGUCAGUCAGGAGAGCAUUAGUAAGCGUUCCCAGGGCUCAGGGAACUCUGGGAAUUCAAAUUCUGGGCAUUGCCAGGAUCGUCAAGCCAAUCCAUGUUCUGUCAGGACGUCCGGCCGGUCUGAGGAGAGUCUGGGCGCUGGCGGAGGAGAAGAGGCCAAGCGAGGAAGAGCCAGUCCUGGAGGAAGAAGCAAACACAUGGCCUCUGAGAUGUGGGAGCACCAGAGCAGGUCUGCUACUACGAACAAAGUCCUCCCCUUUUCACCCGUGACACCCCCACUGACCCCCAGUAAGAUGCCCCGCUUUGCUCACGCGGCAGUUCCGCUGAAAACCAGACACCCCCAUUCUCCGAACCACAUCCAUCGACCUCAGCACCCCUCCCAGCAUCAGCCUCCUUCUUCCCCGUCGUCCCCUGCUCAGAGGACCCCGGGUCACCCACAGGCUCAGGAAGUCGGCGUCUGCUCGCCACAAUCGUUCUCCAAGGCUCUGCCUGGAGCCGUCCCUGUGCUGAGACCCCCGCCCGCCCAGAUCCUGGCAAACGAUCUCCAGAGGGUGUCACAAAAGAAGCGCACCCAAAGCCUGACUCGCUACGCUCUGUCUGACGGGGAGCCCGAUGAUGACGACGAAACUGCUCCUCCUUGUACCUCGGCUUCCUCCGCGGGCUUGCCAUCCUACGCCACCCUGUCGCGCAGGACCGGGCGCACCACCGGAGCCCAGCGCCACAUCACGCGCAGCCAGUCCUUCGCCGUGCGCUCCCGACAGAAAGGCCCACCCCCCCCACCACCCAAGCGAAUGAGCUCAGUAAGCAGCUGCCCUACGGGCCCAAUGGAAAACAGUAAGCUGGGGCCCGAGGUGAAGGAAGGAGUGGAAACGGAGAGCGUGGGCAGCGUGAGGAGCAUUGCAGCCAGGUUAGAAGGCAGCAGCAGCAGCCCAUCCAGGAGGAUCGAUAUACCGCCAACCCCCAUCCCCGUCUCACCUGCUUUCAGUCCCGCGUCCUCCCCAGUCACAUAUGGAUUCCCCCCCCACAUUAUUCUGCAACAUUCCAAACAUGUUCCCAUCUUGGGUUUGGGAGGCUUAAGGAGGGUGGGAAGUGAAAGGACAGAAGGAGACUCUGACAGACACAGAGGCGAAAGCAGAUUUGAAGAGAAGCAGAAAGCCAGAAAAAGUGAAAGAUGCAAGAGUGCGAGCUCAUCACCAAAACACAGCUCUGGGGAGCGGAUCCCCUUUGCAGAAGAGGGAAACCUUACAAUCAAACAGCGACCCAGGAUAGCGAUCGUUUCACAGCCAGAAACUGACAUAAAGACUCCAUCCGGGAGUCCACUCCAGACCACAAACAGCUUGGAGAUUCCAGAGUUCAAUCUCAAAGAGUCUGAUACAGUGAAAAGACGGCAUAAACCUAAAGAGAAAGAAGGUUCCACUCCUGAGGAGGCUACCCCCCCCAACAACCAUUUGCAAAAUAACAGCCUCCACACUCGCUGUGAUGUCAGCGCGGUGAACAACGGGGACGCUCAGAGGCCUGGGAAUAUUUUCCAUAGGGUUGGCUCAAUGGGCAAAGGCCCAAAGCCUCCAGUGUCCUCAAAACCAUCCAGUCCUCUUAAACAACCCCCUAACAGCAGACCAAUAACCCUUCCAAAAAAUGUCUCCCCCGCACAAGUUAAUGCACAAACAGCCAUUCCAAAACUCACCAGCGUACAGAUUCACACCGUCUCCCCAAUGCUGAGUGGCAGUAUUCCCAGCCAGACAUGUAUGCCCAGUCCGCAACCUGGGAAACCACCAGAAACCAUCAGGCCCGAGGGUCUACAGAUUACUUCAGCUCUGCCUGUAUCAAGAAUUCCUCAGCCAAGCCUGGAUUUAUCAACAGCAGAACCAAAUCUCAGCACGGUCCCGAAUGUUUCGUUCACCCCCCUGUCCCUCCCGCUGCGGUCCCAUUACUCGCCUACCCCACGGUCACCAAGCCCAGCAGGGAAAGCAGGGCCAACCCCAGUUGGUGUGACUGGCCUGGAGGUUCUGGCUCAAAAGCGAUUGGAGCAAACUAGUACGACACUGGAGGCUGCUCUCAAAGUGGUGGAGAACCAACUGGCAGAAGGGAGCAGUGUGGACAGCAGCACGAGUUCGGUUAAAGCAGCCGGAAAUAUUCUGGAUGACAUUGGCAACAUGUUUGACGACCUGGCUUUCCAGCUGGAUGCCAUGUUGGAGUGA